AUGAAACGGCUUUUGAAUUGUGUGAGCGUGGUCGCGCUGGCUUGUUUGGCAGUUGAGUCGGCGGCAAGAGCGGUUGGGUAUUCGCCUAAGGAGUGGAUCAGGCCGUAUAAGAGGGAGCCGUUGCAGGAUAUUGUUACCUGGGAUGAAGAGACCCUUUUCGUGAAUGGAGAGCGGAUCUUCUUGUAUAGUGGAGAGGUUCACCCUUACAGACUCCCAGUCCCAGAUCUCCACCUCGAUAUCUUCCAGAAGAUCAAAGCUCUUGGAUACAAUGGCGUCUCGUUCUACGUCGAUUGGGCAUUGCUUGAAGGAACACCAGGAGUAUAUCGCGCUGAGGGCGUAUUUGAUCUGAAUCCAUUCUUUGACGCAGCCAGCAAAGCUGGAAUUUACCUCAUUGCUCGCCCGGGUCCUUAUAUCAAUGCUGAGGCUUCUGGCGGAGGCUUUCCAGGGUGGUUACAAAGGAUUAACGGCAUCCUCAGGACCAGGGCUCCCGAUUAUCUGAAUGCGACGGACAACUAUAUGGCAUCCCUGGGCAAGACUCUAGCUGCGGCUCAGAUCACCAACGGUGGCCCCAUCAUCCUCGUGCAGCCUGAAAACGAAUACACAGGGGCAACGUCUAACGUCCAGCCCUUCCCGGAUCCCGUAUAUAUGGGCUACGUGGAAGACCAGCUGCGUAACGCCGGCAUCGUAGUCCCGCUCAUCAGCAACGACGCUUCACCUUCAGGACACAACGCACCGGGUCAGCCCGCAGCUGUUGACAUCUACGGCCAUGAUGGCUAUCCUCUUGGCUUUGACUGCGCCAACCCUACGACUUGGCCAGACGGUAAGCUUCCCACCAACUGGCGCAGCUUGCAUCUGCAGCAGAGCCCAAGCACACCGUACUCCAUCGUCGAAUUCCAGGGCGGCUCUUUCGAUCCAUGGGGCGGACCGGGCUUCGGCAAGUGCUUGGUCCUCGUCAACUACGAGUUCGAGCGCGUGUUCUACAAGAACCUUUACAGCUUCGGCGUCACGAUCUUCAACAUAUACAUGACGUAUGGAGGAACGAACUGGGGCAAUCUUGGCCACCCGGGCGGCUACACUUCGUAUGACUAUGCGGCGCCUAUUGCUGAGGGUCGGCAGGUGGACCGGGAGAAGUACUCGGAGCAGAAGCUUCAGGCGAACUUCUUCAAAGUUUCUCCUGCGUACUUGACUGCUGCACGCGGCAAUGCUUCGAACACGGCCUGGACAACAUCGACCGAUCUGACUGUCACACCGGCGUUUGGCACGAAUGGCACGAGCACGAAGUUCUAUUUUGUUCGGCAUGCGCAGUACAACUCGCUUGCUUCGACGAGCUACAAGCUGAAGAUCCCGACGUCUGCGUUCGGAAAUAUCACGGUCCCGCAGAUGAACGACACGAGCCUUACCCUCAAUGGCCGCGAUUCGAAGAUUCAUGUGAGCGACUACGACAUUGGCGGAGCGACACUCGUCUACUCAACUGCUGAGGUUUUCACCUGGCACAAGUACGCGGAUAAGACCGUGCUUAUUGUGUAUGGUGGACCGGAGGAGACGCAUGAGCUAACGCUUGCUGUAACUGGCCUAGAGAUGAUUGAGGGAGAAGCAAGGUCGACUACGACACGAGGUUAUACCCUACUUAACUGGAAGACGGAUGGAACGAGGAAAGUUGCUAAGGUCGGCGUUGAAAGCAACUUCAUCUAUGUCUACAUGCUUGAUCGCAACUCAGCCUAUAACUACUGGUCCAUCGAUCAAGCGCCUCACGAUUCAUCCAACCCCGUCAUUCUCAAGGCAGGCUAUCUAAUGCGCACCUCAAAAGCCUCCGGCUCCACGCUUGCCCUCACAGGCGAUCUCAAUGCGACAACGCCCAUCGAGAUCCUAGGCGGCGCCUCCAACAUCACAACCCUUACCUUCAACGGCCAAGACUUCGACUUUAAGACCUCCAAAGAGGGCGUCGUAAGUGCUACCAUCGACUUCCCCAAGCCGAAAUUCAGCGUCCCCAAGCUAGACGAGCUCGACUGGAAAUACAUCGACUCGCUGCCCGAGAUCCAAUCCUCCUACGACGACAGCGCCUGGACACCCGCCGAUCUCGAAAAGACGUACAACAGUCUGCGCCCCCUAACCACGCCCAUCUCCCUCUACGCCUCCGACUACGGCUACCACACUGGCACGCUGCUCUUCCGCGGCUCCUUCACCGCCACCGGCGCCGAAAAGACACUCUACCUCUCCACCCAGGGCGGCUCGGCAUUCGGCUCCUCCGCCUUCCUCAACAGCCAGUUCCUCGGCUCCUGGCGUGGCUACGACGCCGCCAUGAACGGCAACUCGACCUUCACCCUGCCGAACCUCACCGCAGGCAAAACAUACACCCUCACCGUCGUCAUCGACAACAUGGGGCUGGACGAGGACUGGACCAUCGGCACCGAGACGAUGAAGAACCCGCGGGGUAUUCUGGACUACGCGCUCGACGGCCACGCGCAGGCCGACGUAGCCUGGAAACUCACCGGCAACCUCGGCGGCGAAGAGUAUAAGGAUAUCUCGCGCGGCCCGCUCAACGAGGGUGGCAUGUUCGUCGAGCGCCAGGGUCUGCAUCUCCCCGGCGCGCUGUCCGCCUCCGCGCCCGCCAACUGGCAAUCCAGCGCCGGCCCCGUAGCUGACGGCCUCACUGGCCCGGGAAUCGGUUUCUUCGCUGCGGAGUUCGACCUCAGUCUGCCCUCGGGCUACGACAUCCCGCUCAGCUUCACAUUCUCUAACACGACGACGAACAGCACAGGGUCGAGCGUGCCAGCGUAUAGAGCGCAGCUCUUCGUCAAUGGCUGGCAGUUUGGUAAAUACGUCAAUAAUGUGGGCCCGCAGACUGUGUUCCCCGUCCCCGAGGGCAUCCUGAACUACCGCGGGACGAACUAUGUCGGUCUGACGCUGUGGGGGCUGGAUGAUGGGCCGACGAAAGUAGGGGGGUUGGAGUUGACGGUUGAUGGGAUGGUGUGGAGCGGGUAUGGCGAGAUUCGCGUUGUGGAGGGGCAGAUGUAUGAAGAGAGGGAGGGCGCGUAUUAG